UCUGGCUGUCCGCCAUUUUCAGUCGGGAUAGCUGUCUGAGCUCGGAGGCCCCAUUCGCAAAGCCGCCAUGCCUUGGAGGCACAAGGGGAAGGCCGCCGUUAGUGGUGCGCAGUCUGACACAGAAGAUGAAGAGCAAGCUUAUGCUACUCCUAAAGGUGGGCAGAAGGUUCGCCGUAAUGAAGGAAGUGAGAGAACCGGUAGAGCUGAGGGAGGAGAAAGAAGCCAACGCCAUGUUGAAGCUCAGAGAGGCGAAAGAUCUACUAGAGUUGAGAGAAGUGGGGGGCCCAUUCAAGCCAAGGGGAGAGAAAAGUCUGCCAGAGGUGAGGGAGGCGAUGGGUCUCUUGGAGCCAGGAGAAAAGAAAGACCUGCUCCGGUAGGGGGAAGAGAUAGAGCCGCCCAAGCUGAAGGAACGGAGGGGCCCGGCCGAGGGCAGAAGUCUGGUCGAGGUGGGAAGGCGGCUGGUGGUGGGAAGUCGCAGAGAGGUGGAAAGCCCAAUGAAGGCCAGAAUCCUAAAGGAGAUGAGAAAGCCGCUGGGGCCUCUUCUGAGAGGCAUAGGUCCCACGGAGGGCAGAGGGCCAUUUUGGUUCUGUCACACAGAAAUCCUGGCAAGAAGGGCGGUAAACGGCAGCCAUCCGAAGACAAGAUUAAUGCUAGCCUCCAACGACAAAUCAUUCCGUGUAGAUUAGUGCAGAAAAAUCUCAUACUGCUCGUCUUCAUCUUUGUCUCCAUUAUAUUGUUUAUAUAUUGGACUUUUCCUGAUCUUACUGAGGAAGAAAAAGCAAAAUUGAAGGUUCCCAGAAAUAUGGAGGAAAUCAGGGCCUUAGGAGAACUUUUACUGAAAUACAAGGACAGCUUUUCGGUUUGUAAGAGACAUGACCUUUGACUUGGUUAUGGAGAUGCAGUUGAUGACAGCGCAGGUUUCCUGGCAUCUGAUACCACAAGCCUUUGGAUUCCUUUUCGUGGAUGGAGAAUGAUGAAUUUUCAUGAUGGGGAAGAGGAGCAUUUGAAGAAACAGUUUUAGAAGAAGUAAAGUGCCUGGUGGAAAAAAAAAAUUGAAAAACAGAGGGUUGGUGUUUAUUUGCUUUUAACACUAAUUUUAGUGUUAAGUUAAUAACUCUCCCUCCUCAAAGUCCCCUGCAUUCAUUUAUUCCACCAGUAAAAUAAGAGUUCAUUCAUAGUAGAAGUUUUGUUUGUUUGGGGAUUUUAUCUUUUUAUCCCCAGAACCUAACAGCACAGUUUCUAGUUCAUAGGUAGUGGUUAAUAAAC